GACGGAAGUCAUUAGGAAAUAAGGACCGGAAUCUAGAUCCCCCUUCGUUUUCGUUCCUUAAGAUCGAAGCAAAACCAUUUCCCCCUUUGGUUAUCAGUUACCACAUCCGCACUUGCUGCAAGUCUAACGGAAAAUAUCUUCAAUGGCCGGGAGAGGAUUUGGUUUUUCAGCGAAUGCCCCCACAACCAUGAUCGUCACGAACACACCAGCUUCGGAUCUAGCUCUCACCAAUUUCGCUUAUUGCUCGGCUUCGGAUCUUCGAAAGUUCGCUGUUCCUGGGUUGAACCUCUUUCUGGCAUUGGUGGCCGAUUCAUUCGUCCUAUCUCUUCGUGCUCACGAAAGUAUACGUGAUGGUUAUAUUGCUCUGAAUGCCAUUCAACGUCGGCAUGCAAGAGUUUCUACUGGAGACACAAUAUCUGCAAGCAGAUUUGUUCCACCUGACAAUUUCAACUUGGCAUUGCUCACACUGGAGCUGGAGUUUGUCAAAAAAGGGACUAAAAGUGAACAGAUCGAUGCUAUUCUUCUGUCUCAGCAACUGCGGAAGAGAUUUAUUGAUCAGGUUAUGACGGCAGGACAAAGAGUAUCUUUUGAAUAUCAUGGUAACAACUAUAUAUUUACAGUCACACAGGCAGCUGUAGAGGGGCAAGAAAAAUCCAAGACCCUUGAGCAGGGAAUGAUAUCAAAUGAUACAUACUUUGUGUUUGAAGCAUCAAAUGCCAGUGGGAUAAAGAUUGUCAACCAACGUGCAGCAGCCAGCAGCAACAUAUUUAAGCACAAGGAGUUUAAUUUUCAGUCACUGGGUAUUGGUGGUCUAGAUAAAGAAUUUGAAAAUAUUUUUCGAAGAGCAUUUGCUUCUCGAGUUUACCCCCCUCAUGUAACAAAUAAAUUGGGCAUCAAGCAUGUCAAGGGAAUGCUGCUUUAUGGUCCUCCUGGUACUGGGAAGACUCUUAUGGCUCGCCAGAUUGGCAAGAUGUUAAAUGGGAAGGAACCAAAGAUUGUUAAUGGACCUGAAGUAUUGAGCAAGUUUGUUGGAGAAACUGAAAAGAAUGUCAGGGAUCUAUUUGCUGAUGCUGAGAAUGACCAAAGGGCCCGUGGGGAUGAGAGUGACUUGCAUGUUAUUAUCUUUGAUGAAAUUGAUGCUAUUUGUAAGUCAAGAGGAUCAACAAGAGAUGGUACUGGAGUUCAUGAUAGCAUUGUGAACCAGCUUCUUACGAAGAUUGAUGGUGUGGAGUCUUUGAAUAAUGUUUUGCUUAUUGGAAUGACCAACAGAAGGGAUUUGCUGGAUGAAGCCCUCCUGAGACCAGGACGCUUAGAGGUUCAAGUUGAGAUUAGCCUUCCUGAUGAAAAUGGUCGUUUGCAAAUUCUUCAAAUUCAUACAAGCAAGAUGAAGGAAAAUUCUUUCCUUGCUCCAGAUGUGAGCGUUCAAGAACUUGCUGCGCGGACAAAGAACUACAGUGGUGCAGAACUUGAAGGUGUUGUAAAAAGUGCAGUAUCAUUUGCCUUGAAUCGGCAGCUAAGCUUAGAUGAUCUUACAAAGCCCAUAGAUGAGGAGAACAUAAAAGUUACCAUGGAUGAUUUUCUUCAUGCACUCCAGGAAAUUAUUCCUGCAUUUGGAGCAUCCACUGACGACCUUGAACGCUGCAGACUAUAUGGUAUGGUGGACUGUGGUGAACGGCAUAAGCACAUCCAGGAAAGAGCUAUGCUACUAGUGGAGCAAGUUAAAGUGAGCAAAGGAAGCCCACUGGUUACCUGCCUUCUGGAAGGUCCAAGUGGCAGUGGCAAGACUGCAAUGGCAGCAACUAUCGGCAUUACAAGUGAUUUUCCCUAUGUCAAGAUAAUCUCAGCAGAAACAAUGAUUGGUCUUAGUGAAAGCAGUAAAUGUGCACAGAUUGUCAAGGUAUUUGAGGAUGCAUACAAAUCACCAUUGAGCAUCAUCAUCCUUGAUGACAUUGAAAGGUUACUGGAGUACGUUCCAAUUGGACCCCGUUUUUCAAAUUUGAUUUCUCAGACAUUGUUGGUCCUCCUCAAACGACUCCCUCCAAAGGGAAAAAACUUGUUGGUGAUUGGUACAACUAGUGAGUCAGCUUUCCUGGAUUCACUUGGUAUCUGUGAUGCUUUCUCUGUUACUUAUCAUGUCCCACAAUUGAAAACUGAAGAUGCCAGAAAGGUUUUGGAACAAUUAAAGGUGUUCACUGAAGAUGAUAUAGAUGCAGCUGCAGAGGCCCUCAAUAAUAUGCCAAUCAAGAAGCUCUACGUGCUAAUCGAAAUGGCUGCCCAGGGGGCACGAGGUGGAGGUGCAGAGGCCAUUUAUUCUGGUAAAGCAAAGAUUGACAUUUCUCAUUUUUUUGAUUGCCUUGGGGAUGUCAUUCGCGUGUAGCUUUUACUUGUUCUGCACUGUACAACUUCUUGGGUUUGAUCCCUUUUUUCCAGGAGAUAUGAAAUGUAAUUAAGUUGGGUAUAUUUACUUGGUGGUUUUAACGAGGAUUUAAAGGAAGAUUCCAUUUAAUUUUGUAUGCUCUCACGGUCUGGUAAUCCAUCAUUCUCUAUGGACCCUGCAUUCUA